AUACCAUAACAGAGAGUGAGCGAUUGUACUCACGUUUUCGCGUAUCUUCCGUUAGUUCCAAUCAUUUAUCUGUUGUAUUGGAACACAACGGUUUACUGUUGUCAUUUACCAAUUCGACAAUCCGGAUUUUGAACGAAGAAUACAUUAAGCAUACACAAUAACGUUAACCAUGGACACCCUAUUACGGAUGACAAUACUGUUGACAUCCGUUGUGUACUCCUUGGCUGUCAGAGUGGAUCGUACGCCAAUGCUUAUGCCAGGAGCCGCGCCGAAAUCGGCUGAUACGUAUUUGUGCUAUGCGAUGAAACUCAACGGGAAUGUCAAUCAAAAUUUAGUUGGCUUCCUCCCCAAUGUCUCACACUCCGUGCAUCAUAUGAUCCUGUACGGCUGCCCGGAGCCGGGUAGUCAGGAGCGGGUGUGGAAUUGCGGCAGUGAAAUGCAGAUGAAGCAUGCGGGACACGAUGGUAUGGCGGAUGAGCAGAUGGACAUCAGUCCGGUAUGCCAGUCCGAUGAGAAGAUCCUGUAUGCCUGGGCCCAUAAUGCGCCCAACUUCGAGCUACCGGAAGGAGUGGGCUUCGAAGUGGGCGGCAAUACGCCCAUCCAGUACUUGGUUGUACAGCUGCAUUACAACGAUCUGACGGAGGAGUUCAAAAAGGGCAAGAAAGAUCAUUCCGGAUUAACCUUAUUACACACUAUGGACGAACUUCCGCGACAAGCCGGAGUGAUCGUGAUGAUGUCGAACGGAAGAGUUCCCGCAAAACACGACGAAACAGUGGACAUUGCCUGCCCGUUGAUGGAAUACUCGGAGCUGCACCCAUUUGCCUACAGGACACACACCCACACACUGGGACGUGUAGUGAGCGGAUAUGUCAUUCAAGAUGGAAAAUGGCAACUUCUAGGCAAACGGGAUCCGCAAACGCCCCAGAUGUUCUAUCCGGUGGCCGAUGAUAAAUUAGUUAUCAAACCCGGUGAUACGUUGGCGGCCAGGUGCGCGUAUUCGAACCCGUCCGACCAUGAUGUUAGCAUGGGAAGCACAAUGAACGAUGAGAUGUGCAAUUUCUACUUGAUGUACUGGACGGAAGCACCCUACUCGCCCAUUGAACAAGACAGUUGUGUUUCCCUGGGACCACCGUACGUGUACUGGGAAACGUUUGGCCUGAAAGACAUUCCAGCCGACAGCACUAAGCUCUGAGUAGUAGAAAAGGAGAUUACAGCAGAUGACCUUUCCGAUUAACAAACCCGCUCGCUCGUCAUGCAUUGCAAAGUUUUCUAUCCGCCAUUCUGAUCUCCAGCAGGCAGUGAUCUAGUCAGACUUUGUUACGUUGUGUAUACCUUCUAAUUCUGUUACAUGCUGUUAAAGCGCCACAUUUUUUUCUGGGGGAGGAUGUUCUUUCUAUUAGAGUGAUAUAUCAGACCUAUUGACAACGAUUUUUAAUUAGUAUUGGCAUCGAACAACGACGAAUAAAUUGUUGUACGAAUACCUGCAACCAAAGCCGGUUUGACAAUUAAAGCCCGCCUAAAUUUCUUUAAGCCGAC